AUGCCGAAAUACGUCCUUACCCGGGCUGGAGGAAAUCUGGGUGGCGCUGCAGCCUCAUACGCACUCGAUAUUGCCAAGCCUGACGAUGAGAUCGUCCUUACAACCUCCGAUGUAGACGGUAUCUCGGCUGUGACACUGAAGGACUGGAUCAGGAAGGGCGCAAGAGUCUGUUUUGCAUCAUAUGAUGAUGCCGAGAGUCUGAGGUCAGUUUUCGUCGGUGCAGAAGCCGUGACUCUUAUUUCAACCUGGCUCCUUGGGGAAGGCCGACGUUGCCAGGCUAGGACUGUUAUCGAUGCGGCAAAGCAAUGCGGGGUGAAGCGUAUAUGCUAUACCUCAUUUGUUGGCGCUGGUAUGCAGGCUGAGAGAGAAGAGGAUGUUCCGUUUUUACCCCGAGACCACCGCGUCAUCGAAGCGUACAUCUACGAAUCAGGCUUGGAGUACAAUAUUCAGCGCAACUACCUCUACAUCGACAACAUCCCCGUACUUUUCGGGCCGUCUUGGAAAAUCUGCAAUGACAGAUGGCUCUCAAAUAGUCAUGGGAAGGCCGGUGCAUAUGUUGCGCGAGAGGAUUGUGGUCGGGUCCUAGCCUCCCUGCUCCUUGGCAGGGGCCAGCCCAAUACGGUGUAUGACGUGACUGGUCCAGAGGCGAUUACCGAUGAAAGAAUAUUCGAGUGGGUCUGCAGUCAGUCUGGUUACCAAGGGCAGUUUGUGAGCAUGACCGAUGAGGGAUUGAAGAAAUUCUGGCUAGAUCGUGGAUUACCAUCAGUCAAUUCUGGAAACUCCUCAAAUUUGCCGAUGAAGUUAUGUAUUGAGGAUCUUUUGUGUUGCGGCGAAAUGGUUGCCAAGGGCUAUAUGCGCAAUACCAGCAAUGCUGUUGAGGAACUGACUGGACAACCGGCAAUUGCAUUCCAGGUUGCUCUGCUCAAGUAUAGAGGAAUCUUUCCACAGCCUUAG